AGGGCGGGGCCUCAGCUCCAGUCGUCGCUGUGACCACAAGAAAGGAACCGGGAGAUCCGCGAAAAAACGUCGGGUCUUUCUACGGGUCGUUUCCCCCUCAGAUCACAGUAAUCCUUCGGUACCGCGGACCGCCAUGGCCUGCGGAGCGACGUUGAAGCGAUCCCUGGAGUUCGAGGCCCUCCUCAGCCCCGGGUCCCCCAAGCGGAGGCGGUGCAGCCCGCUACCGGGGGCUCCGAGCACUCCCUCACCGCAGAGGUGCAACCUCCGCCCGCCGGUCGACAACCCCUCGAUGUCCCCGGUUCCCACCGCCGGAGGGGAGACCCGGCUGACCCCAGAGCAGAUCUUCCAGAACCUCCGUCAUGAGUACAGCCGUAUCCAGCGGCGACGGCAGCUGGAGGCCGCCUUCAACCAGAGCGAGGCGGCCAGCCCCAGCAGCGCUCUGACCGCGCCCUGCUCCCCCCCAGGCAGCUCCAGGAAGGACGCGCCGUGGUUCACCCUGCGCCAGGUGAGCUACCUGUGUGAGCGUCUGCUGAAGGACCACGAGGAGAAGAUCCGCGAGGAGUACGAACAGAUCCUUAACACAAAACUCGCAGAACAAUAUGAAUCUUUUGUGAAAUUCACACAAGACCAAAUAAUGCGAAGAUACGGAGCGCGGCCAGCCAGUUACGUCUCCUGAACGCCCGACGCGCCGACCCCCCCCCCGAGCCUCUCUCUUCCAAGAUGGCCGCCCUCGGCUCCUCCUCCACUUUUACAGUUUUUAAGUUGUUUUUUGUUUUUGUAUUUCUUUGAUCCGUUUUGGUUGCCAUGACGAUGUAUCUCCUCCCUUUGAUCCUCUGGUUCUCUGCUCCGGAGUCGUUAAUCUGAGCGUUAAUUGUACAAAGCCCCCCCCCCCCCCCACCACACACACCUGGUGACGGAGGCUCCAGCUGGACCCGCUGCGCACCAGAACCUGCUCCACCCCCUCCCCCCUCUAACAGCCCCCACCCCCCGCUACACCCUCCAUUUAACAGCCCCACCCCCGCAACACCCUCCCCCUGCUUUGCUCCUCUUGCCCCCCCCCCCCCCUCCUUCUUUUGCAUAAAUAAAAGUUCUGUGAAGCA